UGAAAAUUAUACUCUAAGAUUUUGGCAUUUCAACUAUAUUUAUUGAUCCUGCAAACUACUAAUCCCAUCAAAACAUCCUCCUGCAUAUAUCUUUAUCAUCCAUCCUCUUUCAUCUUUCACAGAUAAACGCAGAUGGCUCAGACUACCCCAAACCACAUUCAGACUGUCUCCGGUUGGGCAGCUCGUGACGCUUCUGGGAAGAUCACUCCCUUUACUUUCAAAAGAAGAGAAAAUGGGGCAAAGGAUGUGACCAUAGAGAUCUGGUUCUGCGGAAUGUGCCACACUGAUCUCCACCACAUCAAGAAUGAUUGGGGCAUCACAAUGUAUCCUGUUGUUCCUGGGCAUGAAAUCACUGGUGUGAUAACUAAAGUGGGAAGUGAAGUGAGCAAUUUCAAGAUUGGGGAUAAAGUAGGGGUAGGGUGCUUGGCAGCUACCUGUUUGAAGUGUGACUUUUGCAAGGAAUCCCAAGAGAACUAUUGUGACCAAGUCCAGUUCACAUACAAUGGCAUCUUUUGGGAUGGCAGCAUUACCUAUGGGGGUUACUCCAACAUGCUGGUUGCUGAUCACAGGUAUGUAGUGCGGAUGCCGGAAAAUCUAGCAAUGGAUAAAGCAGCACCUCUGCUAUGCGCCGGGAUAACUGUUUACUCUCCCAUGAAAGACCACAACUUGAUUGAUUCAGCAAAGGAGAAGAAGAGGAUUGGGAUCAUAGGGCUGGGUGGGCUUGGCCAUGUGGCUGUUAAAUUUGGUAAGGCAAUGGGUCACCAUGUCAGUGUGAUCAGCACCUCUCCCUCCAAAGAAAAGGAAGCUAAACACCACUUGGGUGCAGAUGACUUUAUUAUUAGCACCAACCCUGAACACAUGCAUUCAAGGAAGAGGACUUUGGACUUCAUUUUGGACACAGUGGCAGCCAACCACUCCUUGGGAGAUUACCUAGAGCUGCUUAAAGUGAAUGGAACUCUGGUGAUUGUGGGUGCACCGGAAAAGCCAAUGGCUUUGCCUUCUUUCCCAUUGAUUUUCGGGAAGAGAGCUGUGAAAGGAAGCAUGAUUGGGAGUAUGCAGGAGACUCAAGAGAUGAUAGACUUCUGCGGUGAGCACAACAUAUUGUGCGACAUAGAAAUGGUGAAGACUGAUGGAAUCAAUGAAGCCAUGGAGAGGCUUGCAAAGAACGAUGUUAAGUACCGCUUUGUCAUUGACAUUGCAGGCAAAACACCAAAGCUCUAGGAAUGAAUGAAUGAAUGCCAUCAAAUCUUUUAUAAUUUUUUAAGGUUUUUCCCUUUCUACAAAAGCAAAAAACAAUCUUUUUCUUUCUGGUGUUACAUACGACCCUGAUUAAUCUCUUGAGCCUCAUUGUUUUCUGAAACUGAAUAGCCAUAAGGUUUCUGACCACUCCUUUUCAACUAGCUUCCUUCUUCUUAAGUUUCCACACAAUGAUACCAGAACUUUUAGGAACCAACACUAUUAGGAAUGAUAUAUUAUGAAGGUUACAAAUAUCUCUUUCCUAUCAUGUUCUAAUACAGUAAUACUGUAUUUAUCAGUAACAAAUCAAUGGAACUUUUGG